AGAGAGUUCUUCCCACGAACGGGAAUUUACGUCAGGCGAGGAAGAGUUCUCUCGCGUGUGUUUGCAAAGCGAAACAGGGCAAAUAUCACUUCGUCCGCAACUUUAUUCCGCGACGCGGUGAAUUCAUGAAUCUUUUAGCACUUCCCUCGGUAUUUUUUUUCCUUAAAUGUCUUCCUCACACUAUCUCUCUCUCUCUCUCUCUUUCUUUCUUUCUUUCUUUCUUUCUUUCUUCCUUUCUUUCUUUCAGCGUGCAGACUGAAACGUGCAUAGAUCUUAUGAAUUAUUUCGUCGAACUGAUUACGGCCGAGUAAAGCGGUUCUUCAAUGAUCCAAAGAGAAAUAAAUAUCGUUCGUGUUACAUCCAUUAUAUGGACCUAUUAAUAUAUUUCCUUUUUAACGCUUGAUUAUUAAAUAUAAAUUUAAAUUGAAUAUUGAUGCGAAAAAACAUUACUCUCGUAUAAGAAUAAAAAGGAAACAAUUUUUGUAUUCGAUUAUUUUAAAAAAUAUAUCUAUUUUGUAUAGACUCACCAAAUGUUAGACUCAAUUAAUUUCGUAGUUAUUUUUUCAUGACUUCGAAUAUAAUUGUUCUUUUAACAAGAGAAAUCUUAAAUGUUAUAUCGAAAUAUGAGUACGUGAUUAUCGAUUGUUACGGAAAUUUUCUUUAACAAGCGUUAAGUUUGUUUCGAGAUAGUCAUAAUUAUAUGUAAUAUUAUUAAUGAUGGAUAUUAAAUACGUUUACGUGAAGACCCGUUCAGAAUUUGGUAAGCAAUGCAUCUUCGAUAUUUGCGGGCCGAACUUGGACGAGGAGAUCAAACCAAAUCCUCAGGAGAUGCACAAUUACAUCGUGAAGAGCCCCUGUCACGUUGGCACGCAGUACACGAAGCAAAUAGCGUUACAUGAGGUUAGGUCGAUUUCAUUAACAAGAUUAUAUCCGACAACGAUAGUCUCAUAUGUGUCUGUUAUAUUAUGUGUAUAUCAUCAUGAUGUGGUCAUGGUCUGUAACAUCAUGCUUGCCGACAGACUAGAGAAGUAUCUUACGUGCAUCAUAAAAAUCUGUAUCUUCAUCUUUGACCUCUCUAUUUUUAGUUAGGAAAUUUAACUAAUUAGAAAUUAUUUCAAUUAGUUUUAAAACCACCCUUACAUUUCCACGAAGGAUGAACUGUGUGUGUGUGUUCAAACCGCAGCGGUGAACACGAAGAACAGCGGAAUAUACCAUUACGAGGGUGGUUGGCCAAAGGAGAUUCAUCCUGGUGACCAUGAAACUACCGCGAGAUUUCGCAGGCGGGUGGAGAAGGGCGAUGAGUGGGCUCCUAAAUUACGUUACCUACUUGCGAAUAUGGAACACUGUAUCCUGUUAAAUAACGCUGUUAGUAUAUACGAUCAUUAUUUUGAUGAUAUGAUACCGACUCCCUUGACCACAGAACGUGGAAUCAGACUGUUAAACGUUUUUCCGGAUCAAGAGACACCCGCCAGAUCGGUAAAUGAUAUCGAUUGGUCACCCGACGAUACUAAGAUGGUAGUUUGUUAUUGCUUCGUUAAUUUGAAAAAAGAAAUUGAUUACAGUACGGACACGUACAUUUGGGAUUUAGAAAUUCCUAACAAACCAUAUAUGACUAUUAAAGCUUCAUAUCCAACAUUGGUAUGCCAAUUUAAUCCUCGAGAUCCUUUUGUGCUUGCUGGUGGUCUUAUAACUGGGCAAGUUUGUUACUGGGACGUAAGAAUGGGUAUUGAGCCGGUUAAAAUAUCCUAUCCACGAAAUAGUCAUAGAUACUCAACGACUGCAGUUAAAUGGAUUUAUACGAAAACAAACACUGAAUUUUUCUCAAGUUCUUGGGACGGUCAAGCACUUUGGUGGGACACGAGAAACUUACAUCACCCAACUGAACAAUUGAUCUUCGAUUUAGAAAAUCCAAACGAACCGUUGAUGGAAAGAUCGAUUGGAAUAUCUUCGGCGAAUUUCGAGCCAUCUAUGAGUACGAAAUUUAUGUUCGGUUUACAAAAUGGUAUUGUUGUUAGUGGUUCGAGAAAAGUUAAAACGAACGCUGAAAAAUUAUCAAUGAGAUUCAAUACUCACAAUGGAUCAGUAUUAUCCGUUGAUCGCAACGUUUUCAAUCCGAAAGUGUUUAUGACCGUUGGCAAAGGUACAACUCGAAUUUGGGCGGAAGAUACCAGAGAAGGCAGUUUAAUAACGAUCAGAAGCCAACGUUAUUCACCGGUCAAAGCUUGCUGGAAUAAAAUUCGACACUCUCUAUUCUAUAUCAUAAAGGAGAAUGGUCAAUUAGAAGUCUAUGAUAUUUUAGAGAGUAUCGAGAAACCAAUCGUUGAGUUACAUUUAAGCGAAGUUGGCCUAACGACUAUGGCGGCCCAUGAAAAUGGAUAUUUGUUAGCUGUUGGUGAUAAGAAAGGAAAUAUAUAUUUGACUCGUUCGACAGAGGCUUUAGGAAAAUUCGAUAGGAAUGAAAGAAACCUUUUGACUAUGGGAUUAGAUAGAAAUUCGAAAUACGUGAAAGCCGUGGAUGCUCGUAUCAAAGAAAUCAAAAUAUUAAAGAUAUUAAACAGCGAGAAAGAGCCAGUUAUCGUUAGGAAGAUUCCGAAGAUUAAGGGAAGAAGUAAACAGCAAAUAAGAAAGAAAGAUAAGGUUAAGCCUUCGACGAAAGAGGAGACAAAGACGAAUAAAGAUAAAGGUAGAAGAAGUACGAAGAAAAGGAUUCGAGAGGAACUUCCUGAAAUCAUGAUUGCCGAAGAAAUGUUCUUUGAGACUGUGAAUAAGGAAAGAGAAAAACUCGAAUCGGAGGGAGAUCCAAACCUUAGACACUCAACGCUCGCACGAAAGUUUGAUCACAAACAAUUAAAACAUCGGGCACGAGAAACUGAAAAAGAAAAAGAUAUAAUCGAGGAGGAUGCGAAGAAGAAAAAAGGAAAGAAAAAGAGGGCAGCUGUGACAAAGAAGAUAUCCUUGGAUUCGGAAAUAGAUGAAGAAAAAAUAACAAAGAUUCACGAGACUGUUUCCGAGAUAAUAACGGAAACUACCACAGACGAGAUCAUACCGACCACAAGUGGUCCUAAGAGACCUGAGAUAAAGAAAAAGAAAAAACCGGUCAAGAAGUUCGACCUUCGUCUUCGAAGGCCUUGCAAAAUUCUAUGCCAACCAAAGGUCUGCUGUUGGCGAAAAACUUGGCGUAAGAAGAAGUAUGCGCCGCCGUCUAUGAGAAAAGAGAAAACCGAUCGAACAUCUACUGUAGAUAAAAGUGAAGAAUCUUUAAGAGAUAUGUUAGAGCUACCUUUAGAACUUCACAGAGAGUUAAGGAUAGCAAAAAGGCAAAUUCAUAAAGCGAAAAAGCCGAUCCGUUGGACUCAAAAGAAACGACUGGUCGAAAGAGUCUUGUUAGCUCGAGAGAAAUUCAAAAAGAUAGAAAAGAAAUCGAAAAAAGUAAACGCUGAUAAAUAUUCUGAUAUUGACAAAGUAUGUGCGAAAAUACCUAAGUCAAAAACAAUGGAUCCCUGUAGUCCACGGAAAUCAUGGACUGUCAUGAAAGAGAUUGAGGCUAUGCUUAUCCCAGAGCCAGCAAAAGCGAUAGAACGUGAAGCUGGACUGGGCAGGGCUUAUUUGGAAGAGCUCGAGGCCAUCCAAAGUAGGGUUUACCCAAGGAUUUCCGACUUCCAUUCGAUAGAAUAGCAUUUACCGAUCGUUCGAUAACAAAAGAAGCUGAGAAGAAAGAAGAAUACGGGAGCUGAAGAGGAUCGGAAUGCAUAUGCUCGUGCAAUACUCAAACAAUGCACAUAUACAUAUAUAUAGUGAGAAAAAUGAGAAUAAACCAUAAGAAAGCGCGGUCAUACUCGUAAUUUCGAGGUGAAUCCUUCAGAAACACUUCUAAGGGUCCUCCUCUUCAUUCUUUUCUUUAUAUUCAUUAUCGAGAGUUCGAUAAGCUUUGUUAGUGCAACCAUGUGUACGCGUGCGCGUGUGUGUACGAUAUAUAUCACGUUAUCACGAUAAAUCGAAAUGGGAGAUUGUUAAGAUUCGCAUGGUCGUUUGUGAACGCAUAACAAAUACGUCGGUGGAAGACAGAAUAUUUGGAUUUAUUCUUAAACAUUAAUAUUUUGGACAUAAACCAAAACGAUCAUCAUGUGAAUCUUAACAUUAUUUCGAUCUUUCACAGUAACAUAUACACGUAAAGGAUAUUUAUUAACGAUACUGAUUAUUCUGUGAUCUUUACGGCUCUCUGAUAUCGUUUAAUAAUUGAACGUUAAUAGGAACGCAUAAUGAAUUCGAAUAAAUUGAAUUAAAUCGUUGCAACGAUAAAUCGAAGAUGCAACAGCUAAAAACGGCUGUGAUAUUAAACUAAAAGCAGAAAAUCAAAGAAUCAUUUUAACGAUAUAUCGAUUGUACUUUUAAAUCGUUUAAGAUAACGUUAAAAGUCUCAAAGUUAAAACGUACCAUGUUGAAACUUUGAAAACUUUCAUUUUGGUAACAUCGCGGAAAGAAGAAAAGCAUUGAGCCCACACUCUCUUCGUCGUAGUCGUCGUAGUCGUCGUUUCGGAGAAUGAUGGAAAGGGGAUAAAUUUCCGGUACGACUUUCCUAGAAGCGAGAUGAUAAAUUCACACAGGAAAGGUCGACAUUCAUAAGAGAAGUUCCGAUUUGCUAUCUGGAUUGUGGCGCAAGACGACAUUUCCGUUGGUUGCUGGAGUCUUUCAGGCAUAACUUCCGGUAUUCCAAAACACAUGACGCGCAUACACGCGAGAGAAAAGCCACUUUUAGAAAAUCUAGUAUACAAAAAUAAACAAAUUUCAAGGAACUUUACCGAUAUUAUUUAUGUGGAGGAGCUUUAUACUUUUACGAUCAGAAAUUGUACAGUUUUAGAAAUUUCCUAUUUCAGUAAUAUUUUCAAUAAAAAAUAC